CUUCGUUAAAAAUUUACAAACGUCACGAAAUGUCGUAAUUAAUAGUACUACUGUAUCAUCUUCUACUUUUCCUUCUCUGGUCAGCCACGUUUAUAAUAUUAGCUCGCCGGUCACCGUCAUCAAGGUUCUUUCUGGCCGUGAUUUUUUUUUCCGGAUUUAUUGAUUUCCUACGGAGGAGAAUAUUCUCAAUAACCAUGGACGCCGACAAACAACGAUUUCUGGAAGAGUUCGGUGAAUUUUACGGCUACAAGGAUGCUCCUAAGAAUAUCGAUGAAAUUCGAGCCACCGAAUUCAAACGACUCAACGGUCAGAUUAAUUUCCUUGAAGAAAUAAUAUUGAUUGUUUUUUGUCUUUUUGUUUUUUUUUUUGGAUUUGGAAGUAGUAGUAGUAGUAGAGUAUUAGUUGUAAUUGAAUGAAAUGCAGAGGUGGUGUAUCUGGAUCAUGCCGGAGCGACUUUGUAUUCGGAGUCUCAGUUGGAGUCCGUUUUCAAGGAUUUCAAUUCUACGCUCUAUGGAAAUCCCCGUAUCCUUGUAAUUAGUUUUUCUUAGUUCCGAGAAAAGCUUUAUUUAUUUGUUAGAAACAGCAUCUUUCCCUUUCGGAGAUAAUAGGAUUCAUCAUACAUCUUAUACGGUGUCCAGAACUGGAAAGAUGAAAAAUGUUAUACAAGAUGUAAAACGGUGUCCAGAUUGUUUAAAAUGGAAAUGGAAACUCAAGAUGAACGUCAGAGUAGUUCAAUUUAUCUACAGAAUUACAUUUCUUUUUGUAUUUCUUAACUUCCACCGGAAAUGUAGAUAGCCAAAGCAACUGCAGCUUGAAGACAACCGACACAGUUGGGGAAGCUCGCAGAGAGGUCAACAUUUUUGUCUUUGCAUUUUCAUGCUCUCGAAUUUGUGUCAUGUUUUGUGUUUUGAUUUUCCUCUUGGGUUCAUGUUGUAUUCUUUGCAUUUUGAUUACGGUGUAGGUCCUUAAUUAUUUUAAUGCUUCGCCACGAGAGUAUAGUGUUAUAUUCACCUCUGGUGCAACAGCAGCGUUAAAGCUUGUUGGGGAGACCUUUCCUUGGAGUUGUCAGAGCAAAUUCAUGUACACAAUGGAGAAUCAUAAUAGUGUGCUUGGCAUGAGAGAGUAUCCUUUAAAACCUGUUAGAAACUGUUAUCGGUGUGUUAUAUAUAAAUUAUGAAUGUGGAGGACUGGAGGUGAUACAUUGCUUGUCGGAUGCUAGACGAAGAUGGAAACCCUGGUUAAUAUUGUCUCCCUCGGUGGUUCUUGGAUGUUGUUCCCUAACAUUUUAUAGAUAUGCGCUUGCUAAAGGAGCUACUGCUGUUGCUGUAGAUAUUCAAGAGACUGCAGAUCAUGGUGAAUUUAUAAACUCUAAAUCUGAAAUUGAUAUAUUUCAGCACCCAGAACAGCGAAGAGUUGAAAAAGGGUCCAGCAGAGAAGAUUCUAGUGGUGAGGUAUACAACCUAUUUGCGUUUCCGUCUGAAUGCAACUUUUCUGGUCUGAGAUUCAACCUAGACUUAGUAAAGUUUAUUAAGGAAGAUUCUCACAAACUCUUGGAAGCCUCCCCCACUCUCAGAGGGUCAUGGAUGGUUUUGAUUGAUGCAGCAAAGGGAUGUGCCACAGAUCCACCAGAUUUAUCCAAGUAUAAAGCAGACUUUGUUGCCAUCUCAUUUUACAAGAUAUUUGGCUAUCCAACUGGUCUUGGAGCUCUCAUUGUGCGAAAUGAAGCUGCAAAGCUGUUGAAGAAGACUUACUUCAGCGGAGGUACUGUGGCUGCAUCCAUUGCUGACAUUGACUUUGUGAAAAGAAGAGAAGGAAUUGAGGAAUUUUUUGAGGAUGGCACUCUAUCUUAUUUAAGCAUAGCCUCAAUCCUCCACGGGUUCAGAAUACUAAGCACGUUGACCACUUCUGCUGUAAACAGGCAUACAACCUCUCUGGCAACAUAUGUGAGAAAAGCACUUUCAGCUAUGAGGCAUGAAAACCGAAAUCAUGUUUGUGCACUUUAUGGGACAGAUAAGGUUCCUUUUGAAAGGAUGGGUCCUACUAUUUCAUUCAAUUUGAAGAGGCCAGAUGGCUCUUGGUUUGGCUAUCGUGAGGUAGAAAAACUUGCAUCACUUUCUCGGAUCCAGUUACGGACAGGGUGUUUUUGCAAUCCUGGUGCAUGUGCAAAAAAUCUGGGUUUGUCUCACUCGGAUCUUCUUACUAACUUGGAGGCUGGGCAUGUUUGUUGGGAUGAUCAUGAUUUGUUAAAUGGGAAACCGACUGGGGCUGUUAGAGUAUCAUUUGGUUACAUGUCUACUUUUGAAGAUGCCAAGAAAUUUUUGAGCUUCAUUGAUCAUUCAUUUGUGUUACAUCCUCAAACUCAAGCUCCAAGCACCAAUUUAUUCGAAGCAAGACCAAUCUUUCCUGUUGUUGAAGGAAACGGUAGAGUGGAUGAAAGAUACUUUCUCAAAUCCAUUUCCAUCUAUCCCAUAAAGUCCUGCAUGGGUUUCAGUGUGGACAGUUGGCCCCUUACAAGUACUGGGCUGCUACAUGAUCGAGAGUGGCUUCUCAAGAGCCCUAGCGGUGAAAUUCUGACACAAAAGAAGGUUCCGGAUAUGUGCUAUAUUACCACGUUUAUCGACCUGAAUAUGGGAAUAAUGUUCGUGAAUUCACCACGUUGCAAGGACAAGUUGCAGAUUGAAUUGAGAUCAGAUUUAUUUUUACCCAGGAAAGAUGAAGUGGACAUACGUACUCAAAGGUUUGAAGUUCUGGGUUACCACAAUGAGGUUGACAUCUGGUUUAGUAAUGCCAUUGGUAGACCUUGUACUUUAGUAAGGAGCUUAAGGCCGCAGACAUAUGGUUGCGCUAGCGGAAAGCUGUGUGGAGAUUAUGUAACCAAAAUGAAUUUUGCGAAUGAAGGGCAGUUUUUGCUCAUCUCUGAGGAAAGUGUCAGCAACCUGAACAACAGAUUAAGAUCAAGUCCACAGAAGGGCUUACAAGGGCAGCGAAUUCAAAUCGAUGCAAAAAGGUUUCGUCCCAACCUUAUAGUAUCUGGAGGAGAACCGUAUGCAGAAGAUCAAUGGAGAAGUCUUAGGAUUGGAAACAAAGAUUUCACAUCAAUGGGUGGAUGCAACCGUUGCCAAAUGAUUAAUUUGAGUUUCCAAGCUGGGAAGGUGCAAAGGUCAAGUGAGCCAUUGUCAACUUUAGCUACAUAUCGGAGAGUGAAGGGCAAGAUAUUAUUUGGUAUAUUGCUAAGGUAUGAGGAUAGUAGCACGAGAAACAAAUCAGAUACAUGGCUUCAUGCUGGGGAAGAAAUCUUUGUCAGCAGAGAUUAAAGGUUUUCUUGUUUGAGUUCCAUUGGGUUACUUUUUUUUAAGUACAAAAGUAGAACAAACAGUAUCUUGUACAGAAGAACAUCCAUUAACUUAAGCUUUGAUGGUGGAAUAUUUUAAUAGCCUUCUUGUGAUAUAUGUUUCAGUGUAUGGCGUUUUUAGGCACAUCGUUUCUUCCUUACAUUUUGUGUUAAAACAAUUUGAGAAUGUUAGCGGAAAUGUUGCAUUAAAAUAGAAGUGAUAAAACAGAUAAAAGGCAACUAGUACUAUUUCUCUCGUGAGAAAGCUACUGCAUCAGCCAUUUCGUGUUUUGUAGUCGUCUCAACUGGUAAGUACUGGCUACCCAACUCUCCCACAUCAUCACCGGAGAGGUUCUUCCACCCUUCAGGUCCAACAUGGUAAACACUAGCACCGGCAGCACCGGCAGCACCAGUAGCACCAUUGCGGAAUUUGGAGUUGGAGUGGUAGAUUGCUUGUCUGGCCAACUCUGCAGCUUCAGCAAGGGACAUAUUAUAACGGUACUGGCCCUCCAAGACAGUAUAAGCACAUUGCGAACCAGAUUCAACACAGAAUCUGUUUUCUUCAUGCAGUCCCCCCUCGCUGUCCACAUAAUACAGGGCAGCACCACCCUUCUCGUCCCACCCGGCGAUCAUAGAUUGAACCGUUAAACCCUUCCCGCCAUGGUAGGAAUAGAGCAUAAUGUUGGACAGCAGCUUUAAUGCCCCUGCAACUGAAAUUCUUCGCUUGUUCGCAAAGUCAUGUUUGUGGCACUUGCUUCCCAAAUCCCUAAGCCAAAACUGGCCAUUGGCGCCAACCUCCUCAGCCAUGGUAGCCAACAUGUACUGAUUGAUUUCAGUAAUUUUCUUGACGGAGCCGUUAUUGCUUGUGCGAGAAUCUGCAGCUACUAUUAUCCCUCCUUUGAAGAUUAAAGCAAGAGUGUUGGUUCCUUUUGCUGGCCUAACUUCCAUUGUUCAAGUUUUAACCUGGGAAAAAUCCAACUAAAAUCGCAGAUGUGGGGAAGUGGAUUCAAUGAAUAUGUACUCCUGCCCUAUUUAUAGGGUGUGAUGUUGAACCAAAAUAAAAUAUUUAAGCAGCUUUGGGUAUCAACUAGAUGAGCCCGUUAUCUUCCUUAAUGGGCCUUGGGUUGAUUGUAUAAAUUGGAUAUAAAUAGUUUCUAAAUUAACUAGAAAAAAAGAAAAGAAAAAAGAAGGGA